AUGUCUGCCCUCGCCACCUCUGCCGACAAGCAGUUCACCAUCCGUCAGGGCACCAAGGCCGACUGCGCCACCGUGCUCGACUUUAUCCAACAGCUCGCCGACUACGAAAAGGAACCCGAUGCCGUCAAGGCCACCGUCCAAACUCUCGAGGAGAAUGUCUUCAACAAGGGCUACGCCGAGGUGCUGAUUGCCGAGCAGCACGACUCCGGCUCCGCCCCCGUCGCCGUCGGCAUGGCGCUCUACUUUUUCUCGUUCUCCACCUGGACGUCCAAGCCUUCGCUAUACCUCGAGGACCUGUACGUGAUCCCGACGCUUCGCAACAAGGGUGUCGGCAAGCUGCUCUUCAAGGCGCUCGGCCAGGUGGCCCAGCAACGGGACUGCGCACGCCUCGACUGGUCCGUGCUCACCUGGAAUGCCCCAUCGAUCGCAUUCUACACGCAGGUGCUCGGCGCCAAGCCGAUGGACGAGUGGAAGGGCAUGCGUCUCGAACAGCAGGGCAUCGAGAACCUCGCCAAGCUCGCCUAG